AGCGACAAAUUCUUAAGCAAGGAAAAAGCCGGUUGAGUUCCGACUUCCUGACCGUCACUCUCACCUCGUCCUCGCCGGUUACCACUUAUUAAUAAAAUGUAUUACAAAUUUAGUGGAUUUACACAAAGACUGACUGGAGCCGUGUCAUCCUCCGCAUACAGUCCGCAGGGCUUGAGGUCAAAUAUACCUUCUGAAUCUCCUACCAUAAUUUUUGCAACACCAACCAAACUGGUGUCUGAGUCGAGUGCUGCAGUGGAGUAUAUGGGAGGCAACAAGGUGCCUGACCUCCAGAGGAUAUUUCAGGCCUCAGAUGAGAUUCCUGUUCAUCUGAAGCGAGGUGUUCCAGACAGACUCUUGUACAGGACCACCAUGGCACUGACAGUCGGGGGAGCUCUCUACUGCCUUGUAGCUCUUUAUAUAGCAGCACAGCCCAAAAACAAAUGAACUGUACCCAGCCCAUUUUCAUGAAUAAGAUCAGCAUUGAAAUAACAUUUGCAAUAUGUAACUUUCUGGUAUUUAUUAUGAACAUAAGCAAUAUGCCUCUCAUCAUUAAUCCAUGAACAGACACUCUGCCCUGAACAAAGCUUUUGCUACACAAUGCCAUUUUAAUUGUGUCCUGUGUCAGAUCGGUCCUUACAAAUGGGAUGCGAUUAGUUAGAACAGUUCUCAAACUUUGUAAUUUCAAGGCCCCAAAAUUCAAUAUUUGAUGGCUCCCCUACACAUACACUUAAUGUCAUCUUGGUGUUCUGCUGAAAUGACAACAAAAACACAUGCUUGUUUUAAACCUUUUUAUUUAAAGAAACUAGGGUGAUAUUGCAUACAAAGGUUAUAAAAGUGUUAUUUAAUGUGGUGUAAUAUAAAUUUCCAGAUUUUUUUCCCUCCAGAACACACUCUUAAAAAUAAAGGUUCUAACAGGCUGCUUUCACAUCAAUACCAUACAAAAGCCCUUUUUGGUUCCCCAAAGAACAUUUAAGUGAACAGUUCUUUUUUUUUUUUCUUAGUGUGAAUAACGUUUUUUCACUU